AGAAGGUACAAGACGACAAAUCCAAACCCAACCCUUAGUGUUAUUUGUUUCCCCCUUCUUCCUCCUUCCUUAGGAUAGCAUCGUUCUCUCCGCUCCACCAUAAACCCUAAUUCCACGAUGUUGACUUCAGCAUCAUCAUCCUCCAUCUUCUCCUUCACCCCCAAAACCCUAACCACACCCCCACAGCAAUCUCGUUUCACCGUCCGGGCCCACUCCAAACCCCCCAUUUUCCCCAACCUCAAAACCCUCGCUGGCGCCGCGGUCUUCGCCGCCGUCGCGCUCCAAUUCCCCGCCGCCGCCGCACGCGCCUCCCCGCCGCCGCCGCCCCCUCUCGAAACCGAGUCCCUCUCCCCUCUCUCCGACCUCCUCGAGAACAACACCGAGGCCCUCGCCGCGCUCAAGUCCCUCCUCCAGCAGAAGCUCGAGCUCGGAGAAGACGACGAAGCGUUCUCCAUCCUCAAGCGCCUCAUCGCAGCGCAGCCCGACGCCGCCGACUGGAAGUUCCUGGCGGCGCGCCUCGCCGCGGAGACCGGCGACGUCGAGGCCGCGCGCGGCUACUACCAGGAGGUCCUCGCCGCGAACCCGCUCUCCUUCGAGGCGCUCUUCGAGAACGCACUGCUGAUGGACCGGUGCGGCGAGGGCGAGGCCGCGAUGCGGCGCCUGGAGGAGGCGCUGCGCGUGGCGGAGGAGGACAAGAAGGCGAAGGAAGCCAGGGACGUGAAGCUGAUCAUGGCGCAGAUCACGUUUCUGCAGAAGAACGUGGAUGAAGCGUUAGGGAUUUAUAAUCAGCUCACGAAAGAGGAUCCAAGGGAUUUCAGGCCUUAUUUUUGUAGAGGCAUGAUUUAUAGCUUGCUUGAUAGAAAUGAAGAAGCUAAGGAGCAGUUUGCAAAAUACAGAGAAUUGAGUCCAAAGAAGUUUGAGGUUGAUGGGUAUUUGAGGACCCCUUUGUCAAGGAUGAAGCUUUUUAGCACCGAUGAGAGCUGAGAAAUAUUUAUAGCAACAAUGAUAAUAGUGAUAAUAAAUAAGGAUGCAAAAACUGAGUUAAAUUCUUUUGCUUUAGCUAUGUAUGCUAUAUUGCUAUGCCACUCUUGAAAAGAUGGGUGGGCGUAAAAGUUGUUUGUAUUAUUAGAGAGAAUGAUAGAGAAAUAAGGAUUAUUAAUGAGUAACAAUACUCUUUACUUUUUGUUCACACAUGUAAUUUCCUUUUACUGUUA